AUGGCAUUGUGUCCUCCUGGCCAGGGAGCCACUACCUGUCCUCCUGGCCAGGGAGCCACUACCUGUCCUCCUGGCCUGGGAGCCACUACCUGUCGUCCUGGCCAGGGAGCCACUACCUGUCCUCCUGGCCAGGGAGCCACUACCUGUCGUCCUGGCCAGGGAGCCACUACCUGUCGUCCUGGCCAGGGAGCCACUACCUGUCGUCCUGGCCAGGGAGCCACUACCUGUCCUCCUGGCCAGGGAGCCACUACCUGUCCUCCUGGCCAGGGAGCCACUACCUGUCCUCCUGGCCAGGGAGCCACUACCUGUCCUCCUGGCCAGGGAGCCACUACCUGUCCUCCUGGCCAGGGAGCCACUACCUGUCCUCCUGGCCAGGGAGCCACUACCUAUCCUCCUGGCCAGGGAGCCACUACCUGUCCUCCUGGCCAGGGAGCCACUACCUGUCCUCACUGA